AUUCAAUCUCUUUUCUUUCACAAUUUAAACCAAUUCAGUUCAAUUUAUUUUCCAAUUCAUUCUAUUUCAACAUUUUUCAUUCCUUUUCUAACCCUAAUUAAUGUCUACAACCAAGUACAAACCUUAAUUUACCCCUAAUUUGGACCCACCCAAUCCAAAUUUGCCAUCAUCCUUAUCUCAUCCCCCAAAACACAAAAAUCACAACCUUCAAUGGCAAUUCUCCCCCGUUCUUUUCAUCUUUCCAUCCCUUCCAUUCAUCCAUCUCCCAAAAUUUCUCAAUCCCAUCUCACCCAAUACCUUCCAUCACCACCCAUCAAACCUACACUCAAAAACCACCUCCUAAACCUCUCAAAAAACUCCCCCUUUAUCCUCAAAGCUGCAGAAAAUGGUGCUCAAACUGACAAAGAUUCUGAAAACCCAAUAAUCACAGAUCAAAAACAGACCACUGAAGAUGACAUUUCUGAACUGGGUGCAGAGAUUAAGAAGGCAAUGAAAGAAAGGGAAAAGGAUGAAGAUUCUAGCAACAAUGGCGGAUUUUUAAGUGGAGUUGUGGAAGAAAUUGGUCAGAUCGAAUGGCCUGAUUUUGGUAAAGUUGUUGGUACUACUGGUGUCGUUUUGGGUGUUAUUGCUGGUUCUAGUGUCGUUUUGCUUACUGUUAAUGCCGUUUUAGCUGAGCUUUCUGAUAAGGUUUUUGCUGGUAAAGGUGUUCAGGAUUUCUUUGGUGGGUGAUUUGUAUAUUUGGAUUUGAGAUUUAAGUUUGGAAAUUGUUGCUUAAGUUCAUACUUUUUGAUUUUGAUUGUAAUUUUACUUUUUGUUAGAAAUUAUUUUGAGGAAGAUUUGUGAAUUGAAUGAAAUUUACAGAAAUCUUAA